GUCUAUGGGAUGUAGGCUUCCCCUUGGAAUGGUGGAGCUGGCUUGUUGGAAGGAUGUCCAGCAUGACAACAUUCCUCUUGACGACCUUAGUCCUCCCUGGUGAAGCUGUAACAUAUAAUGAAGAUAACCUGCAAUUUGCAAAGCUGUACCACUGCAUAACUUUUAUUGGCAGCAGGGCCAUGUACAAUGUGCUGAAUGCAGUGUGGAGCAAGGAGAACCUUGGAAAAGAAAUUCAGACUUUAAGGGAUUACUGCAGGAUCAAGUUAUCUUGGACACAAAAGGACUUUAAAAUUUUUGACAAGCUAGAUCAACAGUAUUUGGACAAAGAUAUCUGUUGUGAGAAUUAUGAUGUUUGCUACUUGUGCAUGGUGUUGGAAAAUGUGCUUGAUCAUGUUUAUUGUCAAUUGGAUCUUGAUUGUCAAGAGCACAUCAAGAAACUUCGAAAGAAAAGGAACAAAGUGUGCCAUUACUACGGGCACAUGGAGGGAAAUCUGAGCACAGAGAUAGAUCAGCUUAAAGAAACUAUAAGAUCUAUUUACAAAGGAGUUGGUAAAUGCCUUGAUAUUGAUUUUUCUCAGAACAUUACAGAGAUGGAACACAUGCUGACUGAAAUCUUAGAUACUAAUUUUGUAUUUGGUGACCAAAUGAAGGAGAUUGAAACAUUUGAAGAAAACAAACGGUCCAGGAUGAUCAUCCAAGGACGACAGGAGCUGGAAGCUCAGUACAGGAAACUCCGAGUGCUUAAUCCCUGUACGUGGAUAAAUGAAAAUAAUGAUAAAGUCCGUAGAUUUGAGGUUGACAAAAUCUUUACACCCUUAAAGCUUGAGGGUCAGAGGGAAAUAGAGCUGAAAGACAUUUUUACUGCUAAAAUGCGAAGAGAUGCCAUUUUACCCCCAAUCUUGAUAUACAAGGGUUUGGCAGGAUCUGGCAAAUCUGCUUUGUGCCGCUACUUGAUAUUUAAUUGGCUUACAAGAAAGGAGGAGAUUGACAUGCUUAGCUCAUUUGACCUAGUUUUCCUUGUAGAAAUUAGGCGCAUCAGAUGCAGCAAGGUGAUAGAUUUCCUUCAGGAGAUGAUGCUCAAAAAUACAUGUAAAAAUUUUGACCCUAAAGACGUUAUAUUGCUACUGAAAGGCCUAGAUUUACUUUUUAUUAUUGAUGGAUAUGAUGAGAGUGGAGAGCAGGCCAAGGAGCUUGUCCAAAAUAUUUUGGCCAUAUUCAGUGAGCAUCGGAUCCUAAUAACAACACGACCAGAUUACCAUGAAGAUGUAAUCAGCUUGGCAAAGAGAUGUGCUGCAUUCCAGUCUGUAGAAGUUUGUGGAUUUGAUGAUAAACGGAAGGAGGAGUUCAUCACUAAAGUCUUCUCAGUGAUAGAAGAGAAAGACAAAUGCAUGAGGCAAACCAUAGACUUUCUGAAUUACCUUAAUAACCGUGGAUAUGCUCUGGAUGAGCAUCUAAAGUUACCUUUGACUCUGGCACUACUCAUUUACCUUUGGAAGGAAAAUCCAAAAGUUGUAAAUAGUGUUACCUCUGCUACAAGGCUCUAUAUGGAACUCUUUAGGUUGUGCCAAAAGAAACUAGCUGAGCGUUUGUGCUGUACGAAGAGCUUCAGGGGUGCAAAACUUUACUCUCACCUUGAUGAUCUCAUCCUCUUGCUUGGGCAACAAGCAUGGUUAAUGCUCAAAGAUGCAAAAAAUUUAGUUGGUAAAGAUAUAUAUUAUGUACUUGAAAAGGAAUGUAAAACUAGAAAUAUUGAUGUUACUGAAUUGAUGUCUGCCUUUCUUAUGUGUCACGUGGAUGAGGAUGAUGAAGAGCUAGUGUAUGAAUUCCUACACAAGACGCAGAUGGAGUACCUUGCAGCAGGAUUCUUAGCUGAUGAAAUUAAGAGGAAAAAAAAAACUCUUGAGGAAAUUAAACAAGACAUUGGGUGCAGCAGUUGGAGGCAUCACCAAGAAGUUCUGAAGUAUCUUACAGGUCACCUUGCUAUUCAUAGCCAGGAGAAUCCAGAUAUUCUUGAAGUCAAUUUUCCACACUUAUCAAAGUUAUUUAGUGUGGCAGAGAUAGAAAGUAACAAUUACAAUUACUGGUGGAAUUUAGUUGUUGAAUCACUGUUUGACUCCUCAGUAUGUAAGGGAAUCGCUCAAAACCAGCUACCUGUAAAACACUGGGAAUUGAAUGCAAGACAAGUAGUUUCUGGCCUGAACCUCUUAAUCAGGACUUCAGUCUCACUUAAGACCCUAACUAUUGAAAUAACUUGUGAUGUGGAGCCAUAUAACAUCAAAUACUUUCUGGAUGUAAUGAAAAGUUUAAAGUUCAAGAUUCAAGACCGCCAUAACAAGCGUUGCCCAAUCUUGGUUGAAAUUCACUUCUGGCGGCAUGUUCAGUAUUACCAUGACAGGCCGUCAGAUGAAUUCCUGAGGGCUUUGCAUCCUUGGGGUCAUCUUGUAAAUUUCACAGGAAGUCUUGGAGAACAAAGAGAAGGUAGGGAAGUUUUGGCCUACUGCUACAAUCUGAAGAACAUCCGUGCACGUGUGGCAAGCCCCAAAGCUCUUGCUUGCCUAAGCAGGAGCUUGGAGAAGAUCUGGAAGUCAGUCCGUAUCAUACGGCUCACCCUUGUGAUCUCUGUUGAAGUCAGGCCGGAUGAGCUCACAGUGCUGAACUUCAGGGGGAAUCUGGAGUUACAGCUGAUGAAUAUCACAGAUGGGGACAAGGAGUGGUUGGUGCAAGUUGUCAGGAGAAUUGGAAAAGACCGGGUCAAUCGCCUUUUCCUGCAAGGGAGCGAGCUGACGGUCGAGGGCAUCACGUGGCUGCUGAUGAACCUGAGGGAUGUUGGUCUCACCAAGAUCUCGCUGCAGCAGGUCCACGAACCUGAUGCGGAGGGGCUCAGACGCCUUGACAACCUGCAGAAGAGGGUUGGCAUUGAUAUAGUCUGGGAAGAAGGAUAGAAUGUGAAUUUCCAUGAAUCUGGGGACUUGGCACGAAAGUAAGGAAAAUGUAUGAACAGCGAUCAGGAAAAAAUGUUCCAGAAAAAUAUAAAAUCAUAUUUCUGUAAGAUGAAGUAAAAAAAGGAAUAAACUUCUUGAAAGGUAAAUGAUUAUGAAGAGGAAAAUAUUAGCUAUUCUUGUCAUUCACCUUAUGCCUUAAAUUAUUAUGGUUUUAUAAUACUGUCUGUUCCAGCACUUGUUCUACACUAUAAUAACUAGCAGUGCAAAUGUUACCGUGCCUCAUAAACUCAAGAGUCCAUGUCUUGAGAAAGAGGUCUGUGACCUUUUAUAUUUUUUCUCAUGUGGACAGAUCUGUUUCUGCAAUAAUUGAUAAUGCAUUUCUUCCCAUGUGAAAAGGACAGUAAAAUUGAAGCUUUUUGUUUGUUGAUGAAAAGUAUAAUCGCAAUGUUAUAUUGAAUGAUGGGAACUGUAAUUGUAUAGGUUAAAUAAAGGUUUUUAUACACAGAUUUAAAGGAUAUUAGUGCAUAUUGUGAUCUGUGAUAUAAAUUAGAAAAGUUUUAGUUAAGAUAUUCACUAAGGGAAGAGAAAAAGCAAAGAAUUGGAGAGAGAGAGAGAGAGAGAGAGAGAGAGAGAGAGAGAGAGAGAGAGAGAGAGAGAGAGAGAGAGAGAGAGAGAGAGAGAGAGAGAGAGAGAGAGAGAGAGAGAGAGAGAGAGAGAGAGAGAGAGAGAAGGGGAGAGGAGGGAGGGGAUCUUUUAGUAAUUGGAAACUCUGGAGUAGAUAUAACUGUAGUGAUAGAUCAACCUUUCUGUCCCAUUUUUCAUCCCAUUCUCCCACCCAGGACAGGCAAUUACUUCUGUGUUUGGUAAGUUGAUGCCAUUUUUAAAAUUUUGGGUGGAGCUUUAAGGCAUCAAGAAAAACGAUAACUUAUGGACUGUGUUACUGUUAUGUAUUACAUAAUACUUAUUUCUCCCAUAAAUGAUUAUUUUGAUUAUUGCCAAUCCUGCAUUUGUUCUCUCUCUAUUCCUUCAUAGGCAAUGUUUUCUUUUUGAAGUGUUGGUGUGUGUGUAUGUGACUGUGAUCUAAAUGUACCAGAUACUUGUCAUUAUUCUGCAACAUUAGCAAUUGAUUUUGUGUAUAUAGUUUUAUGCUAAUGUAUCAGUAUAAUGCACUAACAAUUUCAAUUGUAAACUGUAAACUUUUAAUAUGUAAUGGUGACAUGAAUAAUU